AAGGAUAACAAUAAUUAAUUCUAACAGGAUAGUGCACAUCACAUGGCAGAAGUAGGACAGUAAUUUGUUUUUGGUUACAUGUGUAUAAAAAUGCGAUUCUUUGCUUCAUUCCUCUUUGUUAAAAUAAAAUAAAAUAAAAAUAAAAGGAAGAAGAAGAAGAAGAAAGGAUUCGUCUUCCUUCUUCCACACCCUUUCUGACACCUCAUCUCCCCUCCCACCUUCUCCGUCCCGUUCCGUUUCUCCAUCAGGUAAUUAUUAAUCUCCUCUUAAUCAUCCCUCUAAUCUCUUUCCCGUUUCUUCAUCUCCCGAUUCUCAAUUCCAUCUACACAGAUCCUCGAUUCCGAUCCAACAGUUCGAAUUCAGUUUCCGAUUCUGAUCUGAUCGAACCAAUACUCACUGAGAUUUGAUCGGCGAUUAUGGAGUCUAUAUCUCCGGUAUCGAAUCAGCUUCUUCAGCCGACGACGACGAGCUCUAAUUCCGAUCGCUCUCGUCGUAAGCGUAAGAAGAAAUCAUCGCCAUCAUCGGUUGAGAAAUCUCCAUCUCCGUCAAUAUCGUUGGAGAAAUGGAGAUCGGAGAAGCAGCAACAGAUCUACUCAACGAAGCUAGUUCAUGCUUUAAGAGAGCUACGAAUCAGCCAACAACCAUCUUCAUCAUCAUCUUCUUCGAUUCCACGUGGAGGUAGAGCCGUACGUGAAGUCGCCGAUAGAGCUUUAGCAGUUGCGGCGAGAGGUAAAACGUUAUGGAGUCGAGCGAUACUUUCAAAAGCUGUAAAACUCAAAUUCAGGAAACACAAACGCCAGAGAAUCUCUAAUCCGACGACGACGACGUUAACCACCGGGAGUAUCAGGUCAAAGAAACAGAGAGCGACGGUUUUGAGGCUUAAGGCUAAAGGUUUGCCAGCUGUACAGAGGAAAGUGAAAGUACUGAGCCGGUUAGUUCCCGGUUGCCGUAAACAAUCAUUACCGGUGGUUUUAGAAGAAACCACUGAUUAUAUAGCUGCGAUGGAGAUGCAGAUUCGUACUAUGACUGCGAUUCUCUCCGCCGUUAGUUCUUCUCCUCCGCCGCCAACGCCAGGUCACGAAGGGGGACAAACACACAUGCUUGGUUAGUUGGCCAAACUGUCCUUUUAUUUUUUUCCAAUUUUAAAAACCAAAAAAAAAACUGUUUUUUUUUAUCAUAUUAUUAUUCUUCUCACUGUAUUGUUUGUUGUUUGAAUAUUUUACUAUUCAACUUUAUUUACCAUUUCGUCAUGUAUAUCCUUUUUUCUUGAAUCUCUCUAUUACCAAAAAAAUUAGUGCCAAGAAGAAGAAACAGGACAGUGAUUAAUUUAUGUAUAAUCGUAAUAAAUUUCAGUUUCUUGAUAAUCGUGGAAGCACAUUUGAGAGAUUGUGAUUUAGUUUGUUGUUUUUGCAAUACUUGUUGAUUAAGAUAACAACUGUGGACAUAAUGACAAAUUUGUUUUUAAAGUGUUUGGUGAAUUAAUGAUAUGGCAAAAUGAAACAAUGGAGAGUAUAAUUAGUUUUUGUUUUGUUAUGUUUGAAGUUAGGUUGGUGAUUGGAACUGAGUUCUCUAGAUCUGUUAUGACAACAUUUAUUUUC